AUGGAGAAUGUGCUGUCUGUGAACGGGGGCAGCUUGAAGGCCCCGCUUAUCGGGUGGGACGAGGACGAGGAGAAUGGUUACACGCCGAGCGUGCCAGCAGCUUCCGCGAAGCACUCGCUGUCGUUUGGUGCUCUGGUCUUCUUAAUUUACUACAACAUCGGAGUACCCUUCGGAGACGAGGAGGCGGUGAAAGCGGCGGGACCGUUCAUGGUGACCCUUGGGUUCUUCGUGAUCCUCCCCCUGGUGUGGCAGCUCCCGAUCUGCUUCGUUACCGCCGAGCUCACCACCACUUUUCAGGACCACCGUGGGAGCAUUGCUUGGGUAACGGAGGCGUUCGGGUCGGAGUGGGGUUUCAUCGACGCGGUGUGGUCGUUCGCGACGUCCUUCCUGGACAACGCCCUGUACCCCCUCAUCAUCGCGGACUUCCUGGGCCUCUCCGGCGCGCUGCGCUGGGUGUUCGUGUACGGCUCCAUCGCGACACUCACCUGGGCCGUGUACCGAGGGUCGGCGGUGGUGGCCAGUGCGGAGGAAUUGGUGUUCGCGUUCACGAUGCUUCCCCUCGUGCUGAUGGUGGGGCUUGGCCUUUUCCGCGUGGACUGGGCGGCGGUGGCGACUCCCCCAGCGGCCGACGACGUUGACUGGAGGCUCUUCAUCCAGAUCAUGUUCUGGACGAGCACAUACUGGCAGAAAGUGGCGUCGGUUGGCCCUGACGUGAAGGACUGCCCCAAGAACUUUCCCCGGGCCAUCCUUUACGCGGCCGGCAUGCAGACCCUGAUCAACGGCAUCAUCCACAUGGUGGCCGCCGGUGCCACGGACCCGGAACUGUAUCCGGAGUGGGAACCCGGAUAUCUCAGGUACGCGGCCGACGCGAUCGCCGGGGGGAAGUGGCUAGGGGCGUGGCUCACCAUAACGGCGGCGGUGGCAAACAGCGGCUCGUUCCUGUCCGAGAUGACCGUCACGAGCCAGGCCCUGGUCGGCAUGUCCGAGGGGGGGUUGCUGCCCCAGAAGCUCUUGGUGGAGAGCCGGCACGGGACGCACCCGUACGCGCUGGGGGUGAUCGCGGCGCUGAUUGCCAUCAGCCAGCCGCUGGACUUCCAUGCCUUGGUUCUCGUCUGCAACUUCCUCUACACCCUCCAGACCGCGCUAGAGCUGGCGGCCUUCUACCGCCUCCGCACCGCCCUCCCGGGGCUGCGCCGGCCCUACCGAGUGCCGGGGGGCUCCGUGGGUGCCGCCCUGGCGUUGGGCCUACCGUUCUUGACGCUGACGGUGGUGGCAAUGACGACGGCAGUAUCGGCGGCGGGAGUCGGGAGCUUGAUUGCCCUGAGCACCGUGGUGGCCGUGCGCGUUAUGUUCCGGCGAUCGGACCGGGGGGGGGGUGCUGUGGCAAGUGAUACCACGGGGAGGGAGGAGGCGGGGGGGUCUGUGUGGGACGUGAAGGUCGGGGAGAGCAAGGUGGGGGAACGCCGGGUGGAAGAGCCUCGUGAAACCGACGGUGGGGGGCCCGGGGCAUCCGCCGGGGAUAACGAUGCCCCCCCCCCAUCAGGUGGCGACGGCGGAGAAGUCGAUGCCGUGUCCGACGAGGCCGAGGUCGAGCCAAAUAGUGGGCCACCUCCUCGAACAUGAGAGUGUUCGUAUCUUCUUGUGCAGGCAUGUUGUUUUUCAGGCCGAUGUGGAGAUUAACGCCGGCAAGGGAUGGAUAAAUACGAGCAUGAGAGUGGCCAUCUUCUUUCUUUUUCUUGUACAGGCAUAUUGUUUUCAGGUCUUACGUAGAGACGUCACACGCCAGCAAGCGAUAGAAACACGAGAUACUUCUACGUGUGAGCCGGCAUUUUGACGGCGUAGGUCUGGAAACGUGUGGGUUUGUGUUUGUGUCCGCGGUGACCGGCGACGUUUUGGGAUCUGAGAAGACCUGUUACUGCUGGCGUUCUCGGCCCAGAUAUCGCUAGAUAAUGGUGAGGUCGGUGUUAGCUGGGUGCGCCAUUUUUGGGUACAACUACUGUUCCGUUGGGCACGACUCGCCCUUGCCCGGGUGGGUGCAAACGACCAAUUCUGGUGCAGUUUUGUCCUUUCGGCGUUACUGCUGCAACCCCGAGCGCAUGUGAUUCGGGACGUAAAGGCCCGUUCCCGGCAGCAGUACGGCUGAAUUUUGUAGCGACAAUCAGCUCUGUGUUGUGUUGCGGGCUGCAACUUAUUCGAGGUGUAAGUAUCGUGCCAUGAUGUGGGGGUUUUAGCAACCAUUUGAUACGAAGUGCUGCGAAAUGGCUAUUUCCACUACAGCAGUGAAAUGGCUGGUUGUACUUGCUGGGGAAGUUUCGUGCAGAUGAUGCGUUGUGUGCACGCUGUUGCACUUUCCGGAGAGCAAGAAACACAUCGCUCCGGAUAUUUUAAGAGAGCUACUGAUGCCACCAACAGUCGAUUGUGUAUUGAGAUGUUCUUUAUCUUCGUGUGUUCCUUCGAGUGAUCCGCCGCAUGCAUGUGUAUUUCUUUUUGCGGGCAGUGAGAAGCAUCAGUCUUCCCAUCGAGUCGCUCUGUUGGUUGGCUGGGUGCGUCGCUUGUUUCUAAAGCAGAAGCCAGUUUUCAUGGUGGA